GACAACAAUCUGUAUCACCCGUGAAUCCACCUCCUGCAUGGUAAGGGUGCCUGUAGACUGCACCUGCAUCGUCAUGAAGAUCCUCAUGGUCUUUUCCUGUGUGCUGCUUAUGGGCAUGGCAGUGACCACCUCUGCCAAGGCACUGGCCUCCUGCCCAGAUGAAAAGGUGGACGUGGAGAAGAAUCAGACUAUUGAUGAACUGGCCAGCGGACCUGAAUAUGAUGAAUCCAAUGGUGGGAACAAGAGAGUCAAAAGAUAUGAAAAUAACUAUGAUGGUAGUUUCCACUUCAAAUGCCCAAGCCACGAAAGCAUAUCACGGAUUAGAAGUCGCCACCACAACCGCCAUGAAGACAGACAAUUUGCUUUCAACUGCAAAAAAACAUUCCAGUACAACCCAAUAUGCAGUGGGGGCUAUUGGGUGAACAACUUUGAUCAAUCGUUUGCCCAUAUAUGUCCCAAUGACGGUGUCAUAGCAGGCAUUAGCAGUUACCACGACAACCACCACGAGGACCGCCGAUUUGCUUUCAAAUGCUGCAAAUCCCAAUUCUACCAAAAAUUAAAAGGUUGCUACUGGACCGGGUAUGUGAACUCCUUUGAUAAGUACAUUGACUGGCAGCCCAGUCACGGCUACUACCUUGCUGGUGUCUCCUCCUACCACGACGACCAUCAUGAGGAUCGUCGCUUCAAAUUCUAUGUCUGCAACAUGGUAUUACGUUACUGUACCUGAAGAAGUUGGUGGCAUUCCCAGUUCAAUUCUUUCACAUACUAACAUUUUCUUGAGAUAUGCACGGUUUCUUUUUUGGAUUAUUUCUGAUUGUUAGAAAGACUUGACCUAUUGCUAGUUACUAUGGAGAUUCAGUGCUCGACUAAACUGAUCAUCUAAACAAAAUUAUAAUAGGCUACAUCCAUUCACCCCUGAGUUGCACAUUUCAGUAGUUUAUCAGGGUUUCAGUGGUUUCAAUAGGAACUGAACAAAAUUGAUCUCUCAUUUUACAAUCUCGUAUAUUUUUUGGAAUAGGAAACUUAAAAAAUAAAGAGCACAACCAAAAACAUCCAUAUCUAAUAAUCAUUGACAUUGUUUGAAAAUGUGUUCAUAGCAAUAGCGUUUAUAGCAAUAGCAAAGAAAAGCCUCACAGUGUAAGAGUAAGUUCUGUAGGCCUACUAUCUGUUUAACUUGUAUCUGGGUAUUUGUAUAAAAUAAACUGGC